GGUCCUAAAAAAGAAAGAAAUAUUUUACAAUCCAACUUAUUGUUAUGAAACCACCCACCCAACCACGCACCCACCGUAUUUAAGCUGAUCGAAAGUCCAUUUUUGUCCUUCCGUUUCAUAUUCGACAAAAUCGUACAUCACAAUAUUCCGAUCGCGUGAAAAAUAUGGCCAAGGAUGUCGAAGUUAACGGAUUCAACCCAGGAUUGAUUGUCUUACUUGUUAUCGGUGGGCUCGUGCUAACCUUUCUUAUUGGGAACUAUGUCCUUUAUGUGUAUGCCCAGAAAACUCUUCCUCCAAAGAAAAAGAAGCCAAUCUCCAAGAAGAAGAUGAAGAAGGAAAGACUGAAGCAGGGCGUCUCAGCACCCGGAGAAUAGAUGUUUUAGACACUGGGUGACAUUUCCGUUGUUCAUGUUGACGAGAGAAUAUGUCUGAGUUCAUGUCCAGCAGCAUUUCAAUCAGAUGGUUGUAUUUUUUAAGGUUACAUUUUCCUGUCAAGAUAUGUAGAACUUCAUCGAAAGAUGCUGCCUUUUAUUGUGCUUGCUGACUGAGAAAUUUUCAUAGAAGCUACUGAUUUUCAGUUUAACUUCUAGCAAAUCUAUUGGUUUUCUGUUCU